UAGCCCCAAGGAAAUGCAUACAGAUCUUGCCUGUCUCAGUUGCUGGUUUUAAUUUUCCCAUUCUGCAGUGGCUUGUUAAUAUUAGUUCUGACCUUUGGGGCAAGGUGAACACAUGGUUAGCUUGAAGAGAAAAGGCUCUGGGUGGCUCGGGAACUUCUUUGGCAACUACAACAGCUGAUAUUUCAACAGAGCGCACACACACCCCUCUUACCAAGGGUACUUCCCCAGCCUUCCCAGGGAACCAACGGAAAGCUCCAGGCUCCCUCUUUGACGCCACCCACUGGACCUGUUUGGGGGGUCUAAAUAGAAGAGGACUGCGUGUCGGAUAGUUACCAAUGGAAGAAAAAACCUCUAAGAGAACAGCUUUGCUUGUUUCACUGGGGGAGUAGGUACAUGGAGCUCCUAAUGAUGGAAGUGAAAGUCUCACAUUUGAUUUUUGUGCAUUGACCUUGUAUCCUGCAACCAUGCUGAAUUCACUUCCUAGUUCUAAGCAACCAUACCCCAGUUUACCAAUUCCCCCACAAUGGUGAUUAUGGUGGGUUUACCAGCUCGAGGAAAGACUUACAUCUCUACGAAGCUCACCCGAUAUCUGAACUGGAUAGGAACACCAACUAAAGUGUUUAAUUUAGGCCAGUAUCGACGAGAGGCAGUUAGCUACAAGAACUACGAAUUCUUUCUUCCAGACAACAUGGAGGCCCUACUUAUCAGGAAGCGGUGUGCUCUGGCAGCCCUGAAGGAUGUUCAUGAUUAUCUCAGCCGUGAGGAGGGCCAUGUUGCGGUUUUUGAUGCCACCAACACUACCAGAGAACGACGGUCACUGAUUUUGCAGUUUGCCAAGGAACAUGGUUACAAGGUGUUUUUCAUUGAGUCCAUCUGUAAUGACCCUGGUAUCAUUGCAGAAAACAUCAAGCAAGUGAAACUCGGCAGCCCUGAUUACAUAGACUGUGACCGAGAAAAGGUUCUGGAAGACUUUCUAAAAAGAAUUGAAUGCUAUGAGCUCAAUUACCAACCCCUGGAUGAUGAACUGGACAGCCACCUGUCCUACAUCAAGAUCUUCGACGUGGGCACACGCUACAUGGUGAACCGAGUGCAGGACCACAUCCAGAGCCGCACAGUAUACUAUCUUAUGAACAUCCACGUCACACCCCGCUCCAUCUACCUAUGCCGGCAUGGUGAGAGUGAACUCAACCUCAGAGGCCGCAUUGGAGGUGACUCUGGCCUCUCAGCUCGGGGCAAGCAGUAUGCUUAUGCCCUGGCCAACUUCAUUCAGUCCCAGGGCAUCAGCUCCCUGAAAGUGUGGACCAGCCACAUGAAGAGGACUAUCCAGACAGCUGAGGCCCUGGGCGUCCCCUAUGAGCAGUGGAAGGCCCUGAAUGAGAUUGAUGCGGGUGUCUGUGAGGAGAUGACCUAUGAAGAAAUCCAGGAACAUUACCCUGAGGAAUUUGCACUACGGGACCAAGAUAAAUAUCGCUACCGCUAUCCCAAGGGAGAGUCCUACGAGGAUCUGGUUCAGCGGCUGGAGCCGGUUAUAAUGGAGCUAGAACGGCAGGAAAAUGUACUGGUGAUCUGCCAUCAGGCUGUCAUGCGGUGCCUCCUGGCCUACUUCCUGGAUAAGAGCUCAGAUGAGCUGCCGUAUCUCAAGUGCCCUCUGCACACAGUGCUCAAACUCACACCUGUGGCUUAUGGAUGCAAAGUGGAGUCCAUCUACCUGAAUGUGGAGGCCGUAAACACACACCGAGAGAAGCCUGAGAAUGUGGACAUCACCCGAGAUCCUGAAGAAGCCCUGGACACGGUCCCUGCCCACUACUGAGCUCUCUCCAGGAAGUCAAACUACCUCUUUCCUGACUGUCUUCCACCUUUAGAAGCUUCUAUCCUUGCUCUUCUACACUUAGAAGACUUUGGAUUUGGUCUCACUGGGAGACCCUGCUUCCAAUGAAGAAGCCCUCGGCAGUUCCAAAACAGGUGUCGAUUUCUAGCUACAACCAAGGAGCUGCCUAGCUCUGGAUGAAACUUUUUCCUUAAUUUCCAUUCUCUGAUCAAUGAAAACUUCUCUUACUGCCUCUAAGAGGGGAGAGGUGGUCAUUGUGAGGCUUCUCCCACGGGAUCAUCUUAAGAUCCUGACCCCGCAAAGUGGUUCUGGUGCUGUGGGGAUAUGGAAUGGGUGAGAGCUUCCUGGAGGAAAGACUUCUGGGAGGAGAUAGGUCUCUGUUUCUGCCUAUGGGCUUAGUUCCUUGGUGAGCAGUGUUCCUGGGCCACGACACCAUCAUCCCUAUACUCAGAGAAGCUGUACUUGGACCACAGUGCUCCUGUCUUCUUCAACUCUUGCUGCCAUUCUGAGUGUUAUCACUGUCCAUGUAAAUAAU